AUGCAGAUUCAGGGCAUGGAACUCCUCAAGAUUUCUUUGCUACUUCCAAUACUUUGCUACAUUUUCUCUUUUGCAGAUGGAGGCUCGAUCGGGGUGAACUAUGGUAGAAUAGCCAACAAUUUGCCGUCAGCAGCGAAGGUGGUCGAGCUCAUGAAGUCUCAGGGCAUCCAGCGGGUGAAGAUGUACGACACAGAUCCGGCAGUUCUUAAGGCAUUAUCGGGGACUGCAAUUAAAGUUGUUGUCAAUCUCCCAAACGAGCAACUCUCCAAUGCUGCGAAACGUCCUUCCUUCGCCAAUGCUUGGGUUCUUCGCAAUGUGGUGUCCUACUAUCCUUCCACCGCCAUUGAAGCUAUCGCCAUUGGCAAUGAGGUGUUCGUGGACACAAACAAUACAACCCGGUUCCUCAUCUCUGCCAUUAAGAAUAUACAUCAAGCUUUGGUCAAGUACAAGCUCGAUGACACCAUUAAGGUGUCUUCUCCGGUUGCUCUUAGUGCAUUGCAGAAUUCUUAUCCUUCCUCAGCAGGGUCCUUCCGGCCAGAUUUAAUUGAACCGGUGUUUAAACCCAUGCUUGAAUUCCUAAGACAAACCGGGUCAUCUCUCAUGGUGAAUAUCUACCCAUUCUUUGCCUACGAGUCAAAUGCUGAUGUAAUUUCUUUGGAUUACGCACUUUUCCGGGAAAAUCCCGGGGUGGUUGACGCCAGGAACGGUCUGCGCUACUUCUCGCUUUUCGAUGCACAAAUCGACGCCGUUUUUGCUGCAAUGUCGGCGUUGAAAUAUGACGACGUCAAGAUCACAGUAACAGAAACCGGCUGGCCUUCUAAAGGAGACUCAAACGAGGUCGGAGCAAGUAUCGAAAACGCCGCCGCGUACAAUGGAAACUUGGUCCGGCGAGUCCUCACCGGCGGCGGGACUCCCCUCAGGCCGCACGAAGAUAUCACCGUCUACCUCUUCGCUCUCUUCAACGAGAACCAGAAAUUCGGACCCACAUCUGAACGAAACUUCGGUCUCUUUUACCCUAACGAGAAGAAGGUUUACAACAUUCCGUUCACGGCGGAGGGACUCAAGAGUUACAGAGGAGACCGUUCGCCGUCGACCGGCGGUGAACAGAGAGUGUCAACCGGAGCCUCAAAUGGACAGACAUGGUGCGUGGCUAGUGCACAGGCGGGGAAAGCUAAGCUACAAGCGGGUCUAGAUUAUGCGUGUGGGGAAGGAGGUGCUGAUUGCCAUCCGAUCCAGCCAGGGUCUACGUGUUUCAAUCCUAACACUCUCGAGGCGCACGCUUCGUUUGCUUUCAAUAGUUACUAUCAGAAGAAGGGACGUGGCAUUGGUACUUGCUAUUUUGGUGGGGCCGCCUACAUUGUUUCUCAACAGCCCAAGUAUGGAAAAUGCGAAUUGCCCACUGGAUACUGA